GUUCUUAGCCCCGCCCCCUUUGCUUCAAACAGGUCCUCAAGUCUCCUGUAGGAUUCUCCCGUCCCCACUUUUAGCUGUGACUUUGUCGGUGGUGCGUGGUCACAGGUGAAGGACGGGCGAAGAGGAAACAGGUGUACAAUGAAAUUGCUGGUGCUGUGUCUUGGCCUGCUCUCAACAUGCAACAGUCAAGUAAUCUUUCCGAGUGAGACAUCGAACGCUGGCACGCCAUCGCCAGCGGCAAUCGAGGCGGUCGACGACGAACUGUACCGCGCCCUUUCGGUGGAUGAACGGCGCAACGUGAACACCGGUCCCGUUCCCUCAUGCUUCACGCCCGAGGGGGAGCCCGGCACGUGUCAGCCGCUGCAGAGAUGUCCCAGUUACUUCCCGCUGUUAAGUUCGCUCCGCGCGCCCGGGGUCAUCAACUUCUUCAGGCAACGCAUUUGCAGGGUCUUCUCCCGCAACGUGUUCCUGUGCUGCCCCUCCAGGCCGACCCCCGCCUUGCCCUUCGUCGGUCCCACUCGCCCCGUCGCCUCGUCCUCCAGCAUCAUUCCCCCCAAGGUUGAGUGCGGGCGGCCGUCCGUUCAGAAGGUCAUCGGCGGGGAGGAAAUUGCGGUGGGCAGUUGGCCGUGGCUGGCGGCGGUGGGCACGUUGCAAGGGCGGACCUUCCUGGCUUCGUGCGGAGGAACCCUCAUCACCCGCAGGCACGUCCUGACGGCGUCGCACUGCUUCGACGACCCGCGAUUCGUUAACCCGACGAUGGUUCGGCUGGGCGAGCACGAUCUCACGAGCAGCAGCGACAACGCGAGGCCUCAGGACUUCCGCAUCGCCGGACGUCGCAGCCCCGGCUACAACCGCAGGACCCAUGAGAACGACUUCGAGGUCCUCAUCCUCGACUCAGAUGUGGCUUUUAACGAGGUGAUCCGGCCCGCGUGUCUUCCCUUCGACGAGCGCAGCAACAGCUUCCAGAACACCGACCUGACGGUGAUUGGCUGGGGCAGGACCUCCACCACGAGCCUCAGAACCUCGUCGGUGCCUGUCCAGGCCGACGUCCCUGUGGUGGAUACCAACUCCUGCAGCAGGGCGUACCAGAGGGUGGAGUCCAAGCCGGUGGUGGACCAGAGGCACCUCUGCGCCGGGAAGGGAUCGACCGACUCCUGCGGGGGCGACAGCGGCGGGCCCCUCAACUACCUCGGGGGCGACAAAAGGUACUACGUGGUGGGCGUGGUCUCUUUCGCCGUGGACUGCGCCCGCCCGGAAUUCCCCGGCGUCUACACCCGAGUCACGAGUUACCUGGACUGGCUCGUCCCCGUCCUGGAGUCGACGUAGACGGCGUCGGCCCGGGCUUCGUCUGCGGGGGCACUGUCGCUGGUCCUGCUUUGAUUCGGCGGCGUGCGGGAAGGACGUUUUCUGAGGAUAAAGGCGCUAAAAGAAGGAAACAAAGAAUACAAGUAGUCUAGGUAUGAGCGGAAGUGACGAGGCAGAUUAGGACAUAUAUGCUUCUGUAUGUACUUCUUUACACACACACACACAGACACACACACACACACACACACACAUACAGACUUAAACAUGCACAGACACACACACACACACACGUAUCUAACGUUGCUCUUUUUAGCCUCCCAAAGGUCACCGAUUUAGGUUUCUAGAAAAUGCUUAUAAGCUUUUAUUUAAGAACAAGCAAAUGUUUCGCAGUCAAUCCAUUAUUCUGUGUAAUCAGUUCGGGCAUUGUUGAGGGGCGGCCGCCUAAAUAAAGAUCAGAUAGUCUA